AUGCACGAUUGCUUAGGUAAUAUUACCGAACGCACAAACGCUAGCGAUAUUGCAACCACAGCUUGGAGACGCAUCACCACCAACGCCAACCCUUCGCUCCCCACUAACGACAGAGCAAAAUCAGUCAAAAUGGUCAACGUACCCAAGACCCGCCGAACCUACUGCAAGGGCAAGGACUGCAAGAAGCACACCCAGCACAAGGUCACCCAGUACAAGGCAGGAAAGGCUUCGCUUUUCGCCCAGGGAAAGCGUCGUUAUGAUCGUAAGCAGUCCGGUUACGGAGGUCAGACCAAGCCCGUCUUCCACAAGAGGGCGAAGACAACCAAGAAGGUCGUUCUCCGUCUAGAGUGCACACAGUGCAAGACCAAGGCACAGCUCGCUCUCAAGCGAUGCAAGCACUUCGAACUCGGUGGUGACAAGAAGACCAAGGGUGCCGCCCUUGUCUUCUAA